AUGAUCGCAGUGGAGUGUGUCACGGUCGGAUCGACCACACUGUUCAAGGCUGCGACAUUGAGAGGACUGAGCUUCUAUGUUUUUGUCUUCUACACUUAUGCUGUCGCUACACUUGUCCUCUUUCCACUUUCUCUCAUCUUGGGAAGGUCAAGAAGUUUACCAUCAGCUGUAUCUCCUGUCUUCUUCAAGAUUUUCUUACUUGCACUUGUUGGGUAUGAACAUUCAACAACAUUGGUUCGAUGCCGCCUUUAA